AUGCCCAGACGCAGAGCAGUUCAAUACAAAUCACUGCCCUCCUUGGAGGAAAUGUUUAAAAUGGUAAGGGAAGCAGGAGAAAAUGCAAACAAUAGAUCUCCAACCGCAACACCAAAGAUACAAACUAUACAAAGGUUUGCAUUCCUGCAGCGAGAGAACAAGGGUUUCAAGAAGUACUAUGAGCCAAGAGCGCUAUCACUUGGUCCUAUCCAUUAUGGCAAGCCAAAAUACCAGCUAGCAGAGAAGUACAAGCUUAUAUUGGCCUCUGAGUUCAUCAAAAAUUGCGGCAAGGUUAUAGACGAAUUAUACAAGAAGAUUGAGGACAACAUCAGGGAACUGAGGGAAUGCUAUCAGGAGGAGGCGACGAAAGACUAUCCGGAUAAGGCCCUCACUUGGAUUUUGUUUGUGGAUGGCUGUGCAAUACUACAAUACAUAUACAGUGCUUCUACUAACAAGUUCAAAGAUUUGAACAUAAAAAACGACUGUGCAGCCCUUGGACAACAGGAUUUGUUUUUGCUAGAGAACCAACUUCCUUAUUGUCUCCUGAAAUGGUUGAUGAGGUUGAGUGUGAAGGAAAAAGAGUUGCAGGAAUCGAUUAAGUUUUUCAUUGAAAGCUUGUCCCAUCGACAAUCAGAGGCACAUCAAGCAGAAAGCAAGAAAGGGGAGAGCCUUCAUUCAAUGGAGAUCCCGCAUGAACAAAGAUUGUCAAUGGAUGGAGAGUCAGAGCCCAUCCAUCUUCUCCACCUUCUGAGGACAACUCUCUUGGAUAAUCUAAAAUAG